GAUCCGGUCAGUGGGACAACGAGCAUGAACCAACAACACCAGCAUGAGUCACCGUCAGUUUACUCCAUCAGCAGUAAAACACAUUUGGUUACUGUUAAAUCGAGAGAUGCAUAUUUUAAAAAGACACGAAAGAAAAGUUUGUACGUUUUGAUGACUCUAUCCGUUUUAAUAGCCGGUUUGAUGGCCAGUGUUAUUACCCUUGGCAUCCUCUACUCAAGAGUGAAGGUCGCUCAACCCAUAUGUUACACCGAAGAGUGUGUCAGAAUCGCUGCAAGUCUCAAAGAGUCUAUGGAUACGUCUAUAGAUCCAUGUGAAAACUUUUACCAAUAUGCAUGUGGAAGGUGGUCAGAGAAUCAUCCGACUCCAGAUACCAGCAUGAUGCACUCCUGGUUCAGCGAGAGAUCGGAUAAAGUAACACGCAAAGUUCGUCAGCUUCUCAGGAAUAAUCUCACCGAUGUACCCUGGGCUGUUUCCCAGGCGAAGAUGCUUUAUGACAGUUGUGUCAACACUGGAUUUAUGGAUACUCUUGGACUCUCGCCAUUAUUAAAUCUCCUGAAGGAACUAGAUAUCCCCCAAGUCCCGGCAAUUCUCGGUAAAGAGGACGGGAAUUUCAUUGAAAAAAUUGGAAAAGUCAGGCGAAUUCUCGGGAAGGAUGUGCUAAUUGGGUUCAGUGUCAUUCCUGAUCCUAGAAAUCGCAGUAGGAAUAUUAUUAUUUUGGAUUCCCCUUCGUCUGUUAGUCCUCUGCCUGGAGACAGAGAGAUCGAGAGAAGACUGAAAAGUCUUCGAACGAGAAUGGCCAGGUCGUCGAUAUAUGAGGAAGAUGUGGCUGUUAAUCCUGUAGCAAUUGAAAAGGCCUACAUCGCUGCGGUAAUUAGGGAAGUAAUCAGCAACGGCACUUCCUUAUCCUGCAAUUCAUCUAGUGUUAUCUCAUCCUCGGAGGAAGAUCGUAUUGCCAAAGCGGCGCACCACAUAUACGAGCUGAGUGCAAUAUUCUAUUAUAUGAGUCGAGAAGAUAAUAACGAAACAGUGACUGACGAGGACAUCACUGACAAGGACUACAUGCUCGUGGAUAAUCUCCAAAGAUUGACUGAUAAUUAUGUCAAAUACGAGAAUUGCUCGUUAAAGCCUAGGAAAAUUUGGCGGCCCUUCAUCGAGGAAGUAUGUCGUGGUGUCGUGGAUUUGGAUUUAGAUGGGAGGGAUAAAGUUCUGGUUGCCAAUUUCGGGUAUAUCAAGGACUUGGCUCUGCUCUUAGCUACCACUGAUGAUGAUAAAUUAGAGAGCGCCAUAUGGUGGACUGUUGUAGACGUCGUUGCUCCUCAUUCUUCCAACAAUUUGAGAAAAAUUUGGGCCGAAUAUAUCGAUAAAUUGAUCAGUAUUGAAGUCUCAGAGCCGAGGUCCAUACACUGUGCCGAUGUAGUUAAUUAUAUGAUGGGAAUGGCGGUUUCCUGGCUGUUUGUCGAGCCGGAAUUCUCCAGUAAUGUCGCUCCCAAGGUCGUUGAGAUGCUGGAGCACAUUCGGACAUCAUUUGCUUCAUUGGUUGCCACCACUGCUUGGAUGGACCAAAAAACUAAACUCUCGACCCUCGAGAAAUCGAAAAAAAUGGUGUACGUUAUCGGACAUCCUGAUUGGCUGUUCGAGGACAAAAUACUGAAUGAAUACUACGAAGGAGAAAUUCUUCAACUAUUCACGAUUUUGGAUGAAUUUCAGAUAGACAUGAAGGAGGACACGUAUUUCGAUAAUAUGCUGUCGAUAGCUCGAUUGAUGAGUAAAACAGAAAUUGAAGGUGUCGAAGAAAUAAAUCACAUGAAUAAUACAUAUUGGGCCGCUGGACCGACAGACGUAAAUGCUGUCUAUACAGUCGUUGCCAAUCACAUAACAAUUCCGGCUGCCAUUCUACAAUUUCCGUUCUAUGAAUUGGGCCUGGAAGCUCUCAAUUACGGUGCGAUUGGUACAAUUUUGGGUCACGAGUUGACCCACGGUUUUGAUAAUAGCGGUCGUCUUUACGACGGAGAUGGCAAUCUUCGUCAAUGGUGGAGCAACGACACCAUCCUCGAGUACAAGGACAAGGUGGAGUGCUUCAUUCAGCAUUACGGAGAGUACUACGAAGAAGAGGUGGAUGAGCACAUUGACGGCCAGUUGACCUUGGACGAGAAUAUCGCCGACAACGGUGGUCUGCGUGAAGCUGUUCUUGCCUACAGGAGGUGGAAGACCAAACACGGUCAAGAGCCUGCGCUACCGGGUUUCACUCACCUAAGCCACGAGCAGCUGUUAUUUUUGGCUUUUGCUCAUUUAUGGUGCGAAUCUCAUACUCCAGAGUCCUUGAGGUGGAUGCUCCGGGAUUCGCAUUCACCAGGACACGUGAGAUUGAAAGCAGUUUUAACGAAUUCUAAGGAAUUCAGCGAAGCCUGGGAGUGUCCUGUUGGAGCACCCAUGAAUCCACGAAAAAAAUGCCGCAUUUGGUGAAUCAAAAAUAUCAAUU